UAAUUCUAUUAAUUCUAUUACUUUCGAUCGAAUUCCAUCAGCACUCGAUGACUACGAAAUUAUUGGUGAUGGUCUGGCUUAUUAUAUCAAAUAUGGAAUGCCAGAACUAGACUUCGAUAAAAAACCUUAUUUAAAAGAGGUUAUUUUAUUGAAAGAAUUAGCUCAUGAAAUUGAAAACGCUUCAUUCACCAAACAACAUGUAUUAAUUUCAAUGGGCGAUUUUGAGCUGAAUAAUUCAUCGAUAGAUAUGAAAUACGUUCAGAAUUAUUUCGAUAGAAUAAUUCGACUACUAGUAAAUAAACAAUUUAAAGACAUACUCGUAAUAUUUCCUCCAGUUCGCCCGAAAGCUGGAGAUGAACCAACAACUUCAUUCAAGAGACGGCUCGAUUUUCGUCAUAUCCUUCUAGAUGUCUGUUCAACUCGCAACGUACGCUAUUCACUGUAUCCAGCAAUAUUCUUCGCUGAAGUAGUGGAAAAUAUACUCGUUGGAACCAAGUAUACCGUAGCCUGCGAUGAAAAUGACAACGUGAUUCCUGAUAAAAAUUGUUUCUAUUUAAACGACAAAGGUGAUUAUUACAACCUUGGAAUUACCGGACGAGAAAGAAUUCUUGAGUUUCUUGAAACUUUCUGUGAUCCAACCAAGCGCUUCAUGGAUUCACGUGAUCCUGUAACCAUUACUGAUUUGACUACCGAAGAUGACCCGAAUGCUCGGUUUGUUGCUCGACCAGAUGGCUCACUACAACAUAUGACAGCGAAUUCAUUAAAAUUAAUUCAAGAAAUACUAGACUGUCCUAAUAAAGAAGCUGCAGCUGAAAUGAUGCAUACCUUAAAUCAAUCUGCCAGCGAUACAUCAGACACUCUCACCGAGACAACAGAUAACUCGCAUGACAUUUCCGGUAUGCCCGACGCAAAUGCUCCCGAAACAAAUGUCCAGCACGAUUCAGCGCAGGAAGAUGAGCAGGCUGAAGACGAAGGAUCCCAGUCUUCUUCUCCCGAGUAUCGUUAUUUUCCAGCAUAUUCAGUCAAUAUGGUUAAUCGCAUAUCUGUCAAUCAAGAAGAACAAAACGCCUUGAAAUCAUCAUCUUUUACGAAAGUACCGAUAAAAGUCUCCGAAAUGAACGAUAAUUUAAAAUCGCAAUUAUUACACGAAAGAAAUGACACCAUUACCUGCGUAAUUCCACUACGACUUGGAAAUUCCUGUUAUCCAGCCCAGCUUGACUCUGGGGCAGUGCCAAAUAUAAUGUCAGAGGAAACAGCUUUACACCUGAUUCGACACCAUUCUGAUGAAUUGGAUUUUAUCGAGCUAGAGAAUCCAGCUGUUUGUAUUUUAGCUGAUUCGAAAGAAGCUGAAACAGCAAGAUACAUUAUUGUACCGACAUUAUACUUUGGAAAACACGCACUGAAAAUACCUUUUUAUGUGCUGAAAGGCUGUAAUCAUGUAUUUUUAAUUGGAACCCAGUCGAUGGAGUAUCUUGGAAUUGAACCGAGAAUCAAGCGUCGAAAAGCACUCUGCCGGCCAUCUACAAAAGUACAUACUGAAGUGGUAGACUUUUUGACGCCUGAGCAAUACGAAGGUAAGCUGAAUAUUUUCGGCGGGAAACUGAAAGAUGAAUACAGAUUAGAAAUGAACAACAUUUUACGACGAACAGAUAUGUUUAACAAUUAUCACCGAUUACCUGAUGGAGUUAUAGACGACGGUCCAGAUAUAUUUAUCGAACGACUGGAAGCUGACCUUCAAGAUGCUGUUACUGCUGGAAGAAUCACUGUUCCGCAAGCUGAACGAGCUUUCGAUGUUUUGAGUGAAUUUCGUGACGUAUUUUCGAAAUUUCCUGGAAAAUAUACCGGAAAAAGGGUUCGAUUAAAAUUCAACAUUCCAACUAAAGAUAUUCGAUACCGAGGAGCCAAGUAUAAUCCAUCAAAGAAAUUAAUGAACGACUUACGUAAGGAACUUCAAGUAAUGAUGGCAACAAACGUCAUUGAACCUUCAGAUUCGACUUACAUAAACCCCAUUGUAGUUAACGUAAAGAAAAGCGGGGAAAUCCGCGUUUGCCUGAAUCCUGUGGAUUUAAAUCCAAUAUUAGCAGAGAAUUACAAUGAAGCUGGUUUACUUGACAGGAUUAUUACUCAAGAUGCUGAAGCAAAGCUGUUUUGUACGCUCGAUUUCGUAUCAGGAUUUUGGCAGCUCGUAAUGGAUGAAUUUUCACGCAAGUAUUGCGCAUUUCAAGUCGAUGGACGCGUUUAUCAAUUUAUUCGCUUGCCGUAUGGCUUGAAGGUUUCAUCAGCGCUGUUUGUAAACAUGGUCAACGAUAUCAUCCCGGAUACAACUGGAAUCACCAAAUACGUCGACGAUAUUCUUCUUCGCUCUGCAACAUUCGAAUAUAUGCUGGAAUUAUUGGUGGAAGUUCUUACUAUUCUACGAAUCAACAAUCUACGUUUAAAUGCGAAGAAGACUACAUUUUUCAAAGGAAAAACUGAGCAUUUAGGAUUCGAUCUUAGCCCUGGCAGAAUUUCAAAGCAGUCAUGUAAAAUUGACAAAUUCAACGAUUACAUCGCGAAGCACACUAAGCGUGGAAAAUUUGUUCUCAAGAAUAAAAUCGAGAUUCUCGAGCUGAUUGGCUUGACCGGAUUAUAUCGAAGAUUUAUUCCUCAAUAUCAACAAAUUAUUGCACCUUUGUAUGAGUUAACCUGCGAUAACGUACCCUUCGAAUGGGGGCCUAGGCAAGAUGCAGCUAUCGAGAAAUUGAAGCAAGAAUAUACAAAAGACUUCGAAUUAGUUCCAGCAAGAGACAAGAUCGACCUGUACCUAGAUACUUACACAUCUAAUGAUGCCAUGAAUGCUGUUUUGUAUCAAAAUUACGAAGGACAAGCCGAAAUUAUUCUAUUUACCAGCCAUAGUUUUAAGCCGCACCAAAAGAAGUAUACUUUAAUUGAACGAGAAAUGUAUACCUUGGCCAAAAGCAUCAAAAAACUACAACUAUGGCUCCAUGGCAGAACAAUUCAUGUUCGUAGCGAUUUACUUUCAAUUGUACAUAAAUUCGAGACCAUCGCAGAGGUUCACAGAAAAGCCGCUGGAUGGAUUACGUUAUUUAACUGCUACAAUUUGAUUUACGACCUACGAAGAAGACACAAGAAAUGGUUCGGAAUGCAGGCUCCCGAACUAACUAUUAACAGUGCGAAUUGUUCCAAUUUCAUUACCGAAGAAAAUGACCUCUCACUGCGUAUUCGUUCUCAUUUAUUGGAUUAUCUCAAUCGUCUCAGUUUAUUUCAGAAACGUGAUCCAAAAUGCGCAGAUAUUUUUCGUCGAUUAAAAACACCAGAUGAAUUUUUAGAUGCGAGAGGAGUACAAAUCAAAAAUAACCUAGCUAAACGUUAUUCAAUUGAAGUGAUUGACAACAAAGAAACAUUAAUUUUCAAUUACCCAGAUGAGAGCCGUGUUCCAGUGCUGCCCGACGAAAUCUUCAAAGACAUGAUUCUAUUUCUUCAUGAGACUUACGGCCACGUUGGAGCUAACAAGCUUGAAGCUAUUUUCCGUCGUAUGUACUACUCAUCCAAUGCGAAGCAUUUUAUUCGUUUUAUCACCAGCGAGUGUUUGCACUGUAAAGCAAAUAAAACUUAUUCAGAAAAGAAACCACUCGAAUUUGGAUAUACUAAUUCAUACGGACUUGCUGAUGUGAUCUCUGUAGACAUUCUUGGACCGAUUUCAAAUUAUUCCAAUCAGCCGAAAUAUCUCUUGGUAUCGAAGGAUGUUUUCUCUGGAAAAGUUUGGUUAUCACCACUUCAAGAUAUUCUCCAGCAAACUGUUGCCAACGCUAUGGAAGCUGUAAUUAAAGAAAUUCAUUCUAAAAAGUAUAAAAUUCGUAAAAUAAUUACAGAUAACGCUACUCAAUUUACCAACAAGAUUUGGCGUAAAUUAUUGAAGAAAUAUAAGAUAGCGAUUGGACAUUCAACAGCGCACAAUCCUCAAUCAAACUUGGUUGAGAGAACUAUGCGCAUUAUUGGAGACCGUUUACGGAUGAAAAUGAAUGUCAAUGCAGAUGGUGCGUAUUCACACCAUGGAUGGAGUACUUACGUCAAGGAAAUUGAAGAAGAAAUUAAUAAUACGCCGAAUGAUGUUAACGUUCCUCCAGACGAAGUAUGGCAAAUUGCAGAAUUUGAAACCGACCUUCCUACUGGAAGAGUAACAUUCAAUGCCAAAUAUCAUUUACGCAAAUUACUGGAGAAGAAAGAACGUCAAGAUUUACCAUCUAUCAUUAGCGGAGAUUUAAUGAAUUCGAAACUUGACCUACUCAACAAUGUUUACACUUCUGUUGAUAACGUUGUUUGGGUAUCGAUCGAUGGCGCUUGCGCUAACAACGGUUCAGAUGACGCUACCGCUGGAAUUGGCAUCUGCUGGCAUCCUGAGGGUAAACAAAAUGUUUCCGAAAGAAUCAAGCACGAAAAUUAUACACCUACGAAUAACCUAGCUGAGGCUAUCGCUCUACUUACCGCAAUGAAAAUUGCUAUUAAGCAAGGAAUUACUCGAUUACACGUAAUUUCUGAUUCCCAAUACCUGACAUCAGCUGUAAAUGAUACUUUUUCUAAAUGGACUGAUAACGACUGGAAAAACUCUGCAAAGAAGCCAGUUCAUCAUCAAGAGAUAUUUAAAGAAAUCAUCCAGCUGAAAUCUCAAUUUGAUUUAUUCGAACUUACUCAUGUUUAUGCACGAGAGACUGAUUUUGGCAACUUCACCGCUGAUAGACUCGCUCGUAAAGCUGUAUAUACUACCGAAUUUGACAUCGCAGCAGCUGAUAAACUUAUGAAUCAUCAAGCUCUUAUCAGAUAUAUCAAGGAGCAGCGUGAGCUAGAUUUUCAAUCCCGGGAGCAGAAACAUAAUAAGUGUUUUGGUGACCCGCGAAUAUUUAAACCAGGUGAACUUGUUAUGAUAACCAAUCACAGGCUAUCAUCCGCAGACAAGGGAGCUUCAGCUAAACUUUUUCCAAAAAGGUUUGGGCCAUAUGUAGUGGUGGCUCACGCGGGGAAAAAUUGUUACGAAGUUCAAAAAAUUGCUGACAAGACUGAUAAGAGGCUUAUCAACGUACGUCAAAUUACGACCUACCUCAACCUACAUCAUCUUAAGCAGCUACGCGAAGAACCAAAAUUGCGCUCCAAAUACGAUGAUCGCUCCUUACAGAAAAGAAUGAAGCAAUUUGCUGAGCAUCGAGAUUUGCUGGAAAACUUUAUUAAAGAGCUUGAAGCUCCACCAAAGAAGAAAACUCGUAAAUUCAGCGAAAUGAACGAUGAGGAAAAAUUAGAUCAAUUUACUCAGAUUCGUAAGCGGCUUCGGAAGAAAAAUAAUGAUUAUGAUUCCAAGCGGUUUGAUGCUGUUUUAUCUCAGGUAGUUCCAGAUGAAAAAUCUCGCGAAAAUAUUCAACAUCAAGCUAAUUUGCGAUAUAAUAUGCGCAAGCGCGAAAAUAUCAAUUACGACGAAGGUACUGACGCACCUGAAGACGGGCCACGGACAGGUAGAAGGCGUUUUAAACACGUUAAUUCUUUGAUUCUGAACCUGCUCGAUCAUGAGCAGCGAAUGAAAUUCGUUGAGUUGUUAUCCGAGCUUCCUGAUUGGUCGCAAAUGCCCUCCGACCCUCCGGUCCUAACAUGUUGAUUAUUUUUCUACCUACCUCGCAAGUUUCAUUUCAAAAGCUGUUCAUUAUAUUUUUCAACCGACUUCAGCUAACAUCUCUUGUUCACAAAUGUCCCAAUACAAAUAAAUAUUGAUUCAACCACUAUUUAUUCUAUUCAUUCUAUUGAUUCGUACGAAAUUACUCAUUGCUGCAGAACUGUGUAAAUAUCAUUUCAUCUAAGAAGAAAAAUUUUAAUUUAUUCUAUUAUUUCUAUUUUUUCUAUUAUUUCUAUUUCUGGAAAAAUGUACCCAUUGGACAACUGUUAUCCGCUUCGCUACGUAAAUAAAGCCGAAAAUAUCAUCAGAAUUCGUCGCUUUGAUGGCAGCUACCAGGAUGUUUUUCUCCCAAUUACAUGGGAUAAUUUAGAAGACAAAUUGGUCAGCGAAAAUUGCGAUUACGGUCCAAUCAUGCCGCCAGAUUAUCAAGACCAUUACACUUACGCUCAGCAGCAUUUCUACAUAAGCCGCUACAUUUCAUUAAGCAGGUACGACGGUAUGCACAUUAUGCAUUGUUUCAUUAACGGCUGGUGGCUGAUUGGCGACGGCAUCGCGCAUGCAAUUGCAAGAUAUGCUGUCAAAGAAGAAAAAAGAGUUAUAAAGAUGUGGGAUAAUUCAAAGGUGUCCGGUACGAAUAUUUCAGCGAAGCGUUUGAUGCAUAAUAUCAAGCAUCAUAAAAUCCUAGUUCCAAAAAGAAUCAUCCUAUCUAUCGGCUGCCAUGAUAUACUGAAAGAAACGUUCAAUAAAUGUUGCUAUAACACAAAGGAGCUGAUUGCUUUCCUAUUGGAUCAAGGCGUCGAAGACAUUUUAAUUUUACCAAAUAUUAAUUCAAAUAUGCUGCCAGAUCAUUCGCUACGUGGGAAAUUUCGGAAGUGGCUUCGUACCGAUUUAAUCGAAAUGGACCCACAGAUUUUAAAAUAUGCAACCAGCCUUGAAGAAAUUUCAGAUAGAGCGGAUCCUUUCUACAAAGAUGGAGCUGGAAAUUAUUAUUCAAAUCCGCUGAUCUACGCUGAAAUGGCGUACCGUAUCGUAAAAUUCACUCAAUCUUUAGAAGAAGCUAACCAACUAUGAAUUCGACCGAUAUUUGCGUAAUUUCCGGUUGAUUGAUAUUUGUUCAAUUUAUUCAUGAUGUACAUAACGUGUAUUUUUUCCAGACAGAGAAAUGUCAUUUCAUUUCAUUUUAUUAAUCGUGUAUUAUUUCUAUUUUAAUCUAUCAAAUAAAAUCAACAAAAAUACGACCUUGUAAAUAUUUCUUCUAUUUUUAUCCACGAACCGAGCUACGCCUAACCAUCAUCGACAAGCAAAUCUUUGCUUAGUAUAUGAAAAUAGACAGUCGCAGACCGAUAUUAUACGUACAGAGGGAAGGGGGUUGCGAUAAGAACCAAGCUUCGAUUAACAAUGAUCCUUAUCGGUUCCUAGAAAAACCCAGCAAUAGCAGCGACAGCCUAAGCCUACACAUUAAACCUACCAUUUCAUCAUUCGACUUUUGCUUCUCUUUGUGUUUAGUGUGUACAUCUCUAACGUGGUGAAAUUUUUUCUAUUCUUUCAAAGUUUAAUUUCGUUCUUAUUAUUUCUAUAAUCGGUAAGAUUUACGCAGCGCUGUAUUUUCUUGGUUCGUUUACUCUAUUUUUUCAUAUUUGUUGGAUCGUUUAAACCAUUUUGAAAAUUCCAGCUAUUUAUUCGCCAUCUCGUGUGUUCAACGCGAAAAAUACGUCGCAAUACCUGGAGAAUAAUUUAUUCUAUUGAAUUGUAAGUACUAGUGUAAUUUUACUCACUUAUAAUUUGCAUGGUCUUAUACAAUUUACCGAUUUUUCUGUAAAACACACGUACCAUCGUACCUACCAUCAACCACGUGCUUUAGGCUACAAACACAGCCAUCAUAUCGAUAAUUAAUUUACUUUGAAAAUAAUUACAACAAUACCACGUGUUAUUAAUUCUAUUGAUUCUAUUAAAACUCGUUUCAAAUUUGGAAAAAAGGUGAACCAAAAUUCAUCAUCUAAUUCGAUUCUGUACGUGUGUUUUAAAUAGCUAGCCUAAGUACAUUGCUGUUUUAAUCGUCAGUUUAUUAAUUCAAUUAUUUCAUCCCAGAUUUUCGUUGAUUGGUAAACUGAAUUAUUUCAAGUGUUUCGUCGAAGAUUUCUGUCAGUUGAAGAACUGUAUUGUUUCAAGAUAUGAUCCAGCUUCGCUUUGCUACUGCUAUAUUGCGACGAUUUGUACGUUUAGUUUAAAGAAGAUAUUGAUUCGUUUGACGAUUAUUGAACCGGAAUUUGCAAAAAGCUUAUUCGUUCUGCUGUGUCGCUAAUUAUUUGGCUGAAGUUUGUUCGUUUGUUCGCUACGAUUUGCGUAAGAAAGGCCAAUGGAAAGGUAUCGUGUUCCGGUAUGCCAGUACUGCGGGGAGGAGUUCGUGGCAGGACAAGAAACUGUACGGAAUGAAACCUGUCCACAUACUUACCAUCGCGAGUGCGUUAAAAACUUAACUGAGCAACGUACGCCCGCCGGCAAUUACCGCUAUCUCCCCGCAAAAUGUCAACAUCGAAGUUGCGGUGCGGUUUUGAUUCGACAACACUAUCACAGUGUUAUUUUCCGCUAUGAGACGCCUGACAAUAUUUGCACCAACUCUGGACACCGGCAUAGAAUCGCAAAUCUCAGCGACACGAUUGAUUUCCAGCGAGAGCGUAUAAAUGCGCUGAACGAUUCUUUACGUGACGCCGUAGCGCAAAAUGAAAUUAUGACCGGAAGAAUCGCAGAUCUCGAACGCGAAAUCUCCAGACUUAGGCGACCAGCGCAAGAUUACCAAGAUUUCGAAGACGAUCUCAACCGUCGAGAUAACGAUGACGACGACGAUAUCGCCAAUGCACAGCAGCAAAUGGUAAAUCACGGCAAUCAAGUUGCUGGAAAUGAAAAUAUUCAUGCCGCCGAAAAUCAAGAAGAUC